CGGCGUCUGCGCGGCGGGGGCGGAGCCGCCCGGGAAGGUCGCGCCUGGGGGCGGGGGCGGGGGCGGGGGCGGCCGGCACCGCCCAGGACAUGCGUCGCGGGCGCCAUGGACCCCAGGCAGGGGUGUUCACUGACCAGAUCCUGCCCCCAGAGCCUCCGAGGCCAUGAGCACAGCAGGCCCCGACAGCAGCAGCCAGGGCCUGGCUCGUCCCCGAAUCUCUUCCGGCUCCAGCAAGUAGAGUUCCUCAAGGGGCUGCUCCCUGCAGCCCCCCUAACUGGAAAGCAGACGCCAUCACUGCCACGGCUGGUCUCCGAACUCGGGCCGAGGUUUCCAGGACUGCCUGCCAGGAGCAGGGAGCUGGGGUCCUGGGGUGUCCCCGCAGGUGUGCCUCCCAGACAUCAGGUGCUCCCGAGGGCGUGCCCGCGCCCCCCCCAGCGCGGCCGCGCUCUGCCGUGGCGAGGUGUGGAUAGGCUGUCCUCGCGCCUCCAGGAGCUUGGUAUCCGCCAGGGCCAGGACGAGAGAGUCUCGGAGCUCGUCCUGCAGCAGCUUGGGGAAGCGACGGCCGCCACGGCCCAUGAUCUGGCUGGGAGGCUUGGAGUCCCGAAGAAGGAAGUCAAUCGAGUUCUGUAUUCUCUGGAGAAGAAGGGUCAGCUGUGUCGGGAGGCGGGAACACCCCCUCUGUGGAGAGUCGCCGCUCAGGCCGGGAGCCGGCACAGCCCGGUAGCCAGCGCCCACGGCCGCAGCUGGGACGUGUCCACCUUGAACCCCGGUUUGGAAGCUGAAGCCGGAAGCUCCGAGCCUGGCUUGGAAGGUCCUCCCGAGCCUCUGGACAUGGCCGAGAUCAGGGAGAAGGUCUGUGACUUCCUGUUCAACGUGUGUGGCGCCUCUGCCCUGAAUGUGGCAAAGAACAUCGGCCUCAGCAGGGCGCGGGACGUCAACGCCGUGCUCGUCGACCUGGAGCGGCAGGGCGACGUGUACCGGCUGGGCGCCACGCCCCCCGUGUGGCACCUGACCGACAAGAAGCGGGAGCGCGUCCAGAUGAAGAGAAACGCGGCCGCCGUCCCCGAUACCACAGGCGACGCGGCACCCCCCUCCCAUCCCCCGGCCGCACCGGACGCCUCCGAGAGUGUCGCAGCCGCCGCGGUGCGGAACGGGCAGGAGCCGGUCCUGAAGCUGGAGAGCAGGCAGGAGGCGGCGCCGGAGCCGGUGAGGCCGAAGCCGCCGGCGCACGACAACGGCCCCACGAGGACAGGCUACGUGGACUUCGAGAACGGCCAGUGGGCCACGGACGACAUCCCGGACGACCUGAACAGCAUCCGCGCCGCGCCGGGCGAGUUCCGCGCCAUCAUGGAGAUGCCCUCCUUCUACAGCCACGGCUGGCCGCGGUGCUCCCCCUACAAGAAGCUGACCGAGUGUCAGCUGAAGAACCCCAUCAGCGGGCUGCUCGAGUACGCCCAGUUCGCCAGCCAGACCUGCGAGUUCAACCUGCUGGAGCAGAGCGGGCCACCACACGAGCCUCGAUUUAAAUUCCAAGUCAUCAUUGGUGGCCGAGAAUUCCCCCCGGCGGAAGCCGGCAGCAAGAAGGUGGCCAAGCAGGAUGCGGCCCUCAAAGCCAUGACCAUCCUGCUCGAGGAAGCAAAAGCCAAGGACGGGGGACGACCAGAAGAGCCCUACGACGGCUCCACAGAGAAGGGGUCAGAGAAGUCGGCAGAGUCCCAGCCCAGCACCCCUUCCGCCGCAGCCUUGUUUUCGGGGAAGAACCCGGUCACCACCUUGCUGGAGUGUGUGCACAAGCUGGGGACCUCCUGCGAGUUCCGCCUCCUGUCCAGAGAAGGCCCCGCCCACGACCCCAAGUUCCAGUACUGCGUGGCCAUGGGAGCCCACACCUUCCCCACCGUGAGUGCCCCCAGCAAGAAGGUGGCCAAGCAGAUGGCAGCCGAGGAAGCCAUGAAGGCUCUGCACGGAGAGGCCACCAGCUCAAUACCUCUGGACACCCAGCCCGGGGACACGAGCACAGAGCCCUUCGAUAACCUGCAGUCCGGGCUGCCCAGCAAGGUCCGGAGGAUCGGUGAGCUCGUCCGGUACCUGAACACCAACCCCGUGGGUGGCCUGCUGGAGUACGCCCGCUCCCACGGCUUCGCAGCCGAGUUCAAGCUGGUCGACCAGUCCGGCCCUCCGCACGAGCCCAAGUUCGUUUACCAGGCGAAAGUUGGGGGUCGCUGGUUCCCAGCCGUCUGCGCGCACAGCAAGAAGCAGGGCAAGCAGGAAGCGGCAGAUGCGGCCCUGCGCGUCCUGAUUGGGGAGAGCGAGAAGGCCGAGCGCAUGGGUUUCACAGAGGUAACCCCAGUGACAGGGGCCGGUCUCAGAAGAACUAUGCUCCUCUCCAGGUCCCCAGAAGCACAGCCAAAGACACUCCCGCUCAGCGGCAGCACCUUCCACGACCAGAUCGCCAUGCUGAGCCACCGCUGCUUCAACGCGCUCACCAACAGCUUCCAGCCCUCGCUGCUCGGCCGCAAGAUCCUGGCCGCCGUCAUCAUGAAGAAGGCCUCCGACGACCUGGGGGUGGUGGUCAGCCUGGGCACAGGGAACCGCUGCGUGAAGGGGGACUCGCUCAGCCUGAAGGGGGAGACGGUGAACGACUGCCACGCGGAGAUCAUCUCCCGGCGAGGCUUCAUCAGGUUCCUCUAUAGCGAGCUGAUGAAGUACAACCCCCAGACAGCAAAGGAGAGCAUAUUCGAGCCUGCGAGGGGCGGAGAGAAGCUGCAGAUAAAGAAGAGCGUGUCAUUCCAUCUGUACAUCAGCACGGCCCCGUGUGGGGACGGCGCCCUCUUCGACAAGUCCUGCAGCGACCGCGCCGUGGAGAGCUCCGACUCCCGUCACUACCCCGUCUUCGAGAACCCCAAACAGGGCAAGCUGCGCACCAAGGUGGAGAACGGGGAAGGCACGAUCCCAGUGGAGUCCAGCGACAUCGUGCCCACGUGGGACGGCAUCCGGCUGGGGGAGCGGCUGCGCACCAUGUCCUGCAGCGACAAGAUCUUGCGCUGGAACGUGCUCGGCCUGCAGGGGGCACUGCUGACCCACUUCCUGCAGCCCGUGUACCUCAAGUCUGUGACGCUGGGUUACCUCUUCAGCCAAGGGCAUCUGACCCGUGCCAUCUGCUGCCGUGUGACGAGAGACGGGAGUGCCUUCGAGGACGGACUGCGGCCCCCCUUCAUUGUCAACCACCCCAAGGUCGGCCGAGUCAGCGUGUAUGACUCCAAACGGCAGUCGGGGAAGACCAAGGAGACGAGCGUCAACUGGUGCCUGGCGGACGGCUACGACCUGGAGAUCCUGGACGGGACCCGGGGCACGGUGGACGGGCCACGGAACGAAUUGUCCCGGGUCUCCAAAAAGAACAUUUUCCUCCUGUUUAAGAAGCUCUGCUCCUUCCGGUACCGCAGGGAUCUGCUCAGACUGUCCUAUGGUGAGGCCAAGAAAGCCGCCCGAGACUACGAGAUCGCCAAGAACUACUUCAAGAAAAGCCUGAAGGACAUGGGUUACGGGAACUGGAUCAGCAAGCCUCAGGAGGAGAAGAACUUCUACCUCUGCCCCGUGUGAGGGGCCAGGGACGGGGGACACCGGCGGGCUGGAGCUCUCCUCGGCGUGUCUGUCUGGAGUCGUUCCGUUUCCUCUUUCUUUUCCUGGUGGAAGCGCUCCCGAGACACCGGGAACUGUGGUGUCCCCGUGCCCUGCUUCUGCCAGGAGCCAGGCCCGCCCGCCCACCUGCCCCCUGCCGUCUCCACCGGGAGGGAGGCGCGUCCGUCCCCUCUCGCCCACCACGUGAGCCCCCCCCCCCGCUCAGGCCCGCUUUGGUUUCUGCUUCCACCCCGUGUUUGCCACACCCACGUCUCGGCCUCUGGGUCAGGCCGGGCCGCGUCGCGUCCAGUCAGGGCUGGAGGCCUCUGUCUCCCUCUGCCCUUUGGGAUUCCCUCCUUAUGAUUGUUCCGUUUCUCCUUUCCUCCGCAAGAGCGAGUGGUGACUGUCAUUCGGUGAACAGGUGUGAGAACAGGAGCUGACGCGCGCUCGGUUCAUCGCCAGGCGGGGCCCUCGGGACCCGCAGGGGGCCCUCAGCGACCUUCGGGUCUUGCACUUUAGCCAGCGGGGGGGCUGGGCGGCAGGGAGGGCUGGCCUCGGACGCGAGCCCACAGGAGCCCCGCAGGGUCAUACCAGCCGCCCCGCCACGCACACUGGCCUUGUGGGACCACCGCCCCCGCCGUCCUCCGGAAGCAUUCCUGGGGGGUGUCCUGCUGGCGGGGACACAGACCCCAAUCCCCGGCAGGGAGAGGUCCUGCACUGCGAGUCCCCUCUGCCCCGAUAAUCAGGCCUGAGGACGGGCGGAACAAUCGCGCCGGGCCAGGUCCCCGCGCCAGGUCCCUCCCUCAUGACUGUGACACCAGGGGGAAUUGGCCGAAUCAUGGGCGUGUUAGUUUUUAAAAACUUCAUAAAUGUUGAUUCUUAACUGCUACAGAAAGCCUAGAAGUACACAGAUUUUAAAAUCGGAUUUAGUUUUUCAUUUACCCAAGACUUCUGUCUGCCGGAGAGCUCCAGAAGGGCAGGACUCGGGCUGUCGGGGGUGGGGGGUUUUUGCAGAGUUGACGCCCGACCCCAGUUGAAACCACAUGAGGUGGAAGGUUGUCUACACCCCCGGCCAGCUCCCUGGAGCGCGGCUCGCCCACACCAACCAGACCUGAGCCCACCUCUAGUGACCCCUUGGUCCUUGCCACCGUCCAGGCCCGGCCCUCUGGUGACCGCCCCCCACCUCACGCCCCACUCACUGCUAACGAGGCAGCCCGUCCGGACCCGUCUCCCGCAGUACGUACCAACACACUCACACUCCGUUCCUGUGGCCACUAUUCCCUCUGUGCUUCUGACCAAAAAUUGACCAAAAUUUAAACAAAAAAACAAGUUUUUUAGAAGGCUACUAAAGAAGUCUGAGGAACAGCCAAGUGUCCCAAGGAGCUGGGCGGGACCCGGGGCCUGUGUUCGGGGGGCAGGGCCCGGCCCCCAGCGCGCCCCACCUCAAGGCAGCUGGAGGGUCUCGGAAUGGGAGCCCCAGGGUCAGCCUCUGCUGCAGGAAGGGGGCCCGCGUGCUCUACUUUCUUGUCUGCUCUUUGUUUUUAGCAACCAGGACGCCCUUCUUCCUUUUUUUAAAUGGUCUUUGUAGUUGAUUUGUCCAAACUGUGGCUAUUGUGCAUCCUCUGAAUAAUCACUUGUGAAACCGUCCUGCUCGAAGCUACUUCCUUGACUCACACGAGUGACUGUGCAGGUCUGGGUCCUGGUGCGGCUCCAGGAGCAGGUGGGAGGGGCCCAGGCACGGACUCGGCGCGGGGGGGGGGGGGGGGGGGGCUGCCCUGGGGCCUCGAUUCGGCUUUGAUGUGUCCCUUGACAACCGUGACUAACCAUAUACAUUCCUCAGAAAUAAAGAGAAUCUGAAUUGUUA